GCCCCUCUUUGUUGCGGUGGCCAAUGGACGCAUUCGGAACAUCGGCGGCUGCCCGGGUGACUCGGUUAUAUAUCACAGAAUAACAUUCGAGAAUGGGACAUGGAAUGAGGCGACGGCCACAGCAGCCCCCGCCGCCCCAGGCCCAGCAGGAGCUGCGACAGCAGCAGCCCCCGCCGCCCCCGCCGCCCGGAGAGGCUCCGCAGCCAUGAGGCCGACCGGCCCGAGGCCCGGCCCAUAAGCGGAGCUCCAGCAGCCGCUCCCCUUUUGCGCGUCCUGCGGCAGCGAGAGGCAUGGAGAAGGCCGCCCCCGUGGGGCGCUGAUCCCCGCGCCGCCCGCCGCCGCCGCGACCCCCGCCCCAGCCCUCGCCCCCGCCCCGCCCCGCCCCGGCCCCGCCAUGACCGGCUCGGCUGCUGACACUCACCGCUGCCCCCACCCCAAAGGCGCCAAAGUCACCCGCUCCCGGAGCAGCCACGCGCGGCCCGUGAGCCUCGCCACCAGCGGGGGCUCAGAGGAGGAGGACAAAGACGGCGGGGUGCUAUUUCACGUUAACAAGAGUGGCUUCCCCAUCGACAGCCACACCUGGGAGCGCAUGUGGAUGCACGUGGCCAAGGUGCACCCCAAGGGGGGAGAAAUGGUGGGUGCCAUCAGGAAUGCCGCCUUUUUGGCAAAGCCUACAAUACCCCAGGUUCCAAACUACAGGCUUUCAAUGACGAUUCCAGACUGGCUCCAGGCAAUCCAGAACUACAUGAAGACGCUACAAUACAAUCAUACAGGGACCCAGUUCUUUGAAAUUAGGAAAAUGAGACCAUUGAGUGGGUUGAUGGAAACAGCAAAAGAAAUGACUCGAGAGUCCUUGCCUAUCAAAUGCCUUGAAGCUGUCAUCCUGGGCAUAUACUUAACCAAUGGACAGCCUUCCAUCGAGCGAUUCCCCAUCAGCUUUAAAACCUACUUCUCAGGAAACUACUUUCACCAUGUUGUGCUGGGGAUUUAUUGCAAUGGCCGCUAUGGCUCGCUGGGCAUGAGCCGAAGGGCCGAGCUGAUGGACAAGCCGUUGACCUUUCGGACUCUGAGUGACCUCAUCUUUGACUUUGAAGACUCCUAUAAGAAAUACCUGCACACAGUCAAGAAGGUCAAGAUUGGGCUGUAUGUUUCCCAUGAGCCUCACAGCUUCCAGCCCAUUGAGUGGAAGCAGUUGGUCCUCAAUGUCUCAAAGAUGUUGAGGGCAGACAUAAGGAAGGAGCUGGAGAAAUAUGCCAGGGACAUGAGAAUGAAGAUCCUGAAGCCUGCAAGUGCCCACUCCCCAACCCAGGUGAGGAGUCGUGGAAAAUCCCUGUCCCCCCGAAGAAGACAGGCAAGCCCCCCAAGGCGGCUCGGCAGGCGAGACAAGUCGCCUGCACUGCCUGAAAAGAAGGGGGCUGAUCUCAGCACUCUGAAUGAAGUGGGCUAUCAAAUCCGAAUUUAGGCAAGCCGCCCAGCUGGCAAGAGGGCUUCUAUGGUGCUUCUCUCUGCACUUUACCCAGCAUCUUCAGGAGGAACUGCAACUAUUUAUUAAGAACUUGUGACUUUUAUUUUUAAGGAUUUGCUUAGAAAUAGAAUCUGAGUGGGUGUUAACUUUAAAAAACUCACCAAGGGGCAACCAUGAAAAGACUAACCCCUGUUCCCGGGGAUGUAGUGUCACUCACUGUGGAUAGAAGGAUACCAUUAACUGUAGUUUUAUGUUUUUCCAUUUACCUACUUCUACUUGCUUUGAACAUUAUACUUCACCAGUAGUAAAUGUUCAUGAAAUCCUCCCUUCCACUUUUGA